GACGACUACUUUGACAGCACCAUUAGGAAAACACAAGCGCAUAAAUGUCUCCCCGCGAUAUUUUCCUGAGAAAUGACUUCUACAAAUGAUGGAAAAGACGUGAAAAGUAAUCAAACAAGUGGCCAAAGAGGCAAAACAUAUUAUAUUGAGCUUUAUAAGUCGCUGGAGGCCGGGCUGAACGAGGAGAGCUCCGUACGCGCGCGUAACAAACACGUUUGCGAGGCGUGGCGCCGCAUCCACAGCCUGUGCCAGCACUCGGCGCCCACCACCCACGCGCACCUGCUCAGCUGGCUGCAGAGGCACACCGCCAGGACUGUCCUGCAUACGGAAUGGCCAAAGAGCAAAGAUGAACACACGAACCUCGAAGAGGCUAUCCAUUCAUUUGUGCAAGAGUGCCAGACAGCGAUCGCUUGCCGAAAUGGCAUCAGUCCGCCAUGGGAGAGCCAACUUCUGCAGCGAGGCGAGUGGUUCAAGAGGAUCAUACCAAACCCCUGGGGACACCCUGUACUUAAGGUGCUCCUGGACCCCCAGGGCACGCCACCUAGCGACAAAGAGGUUCUAGAAUGGCUGAAAGAGGAACGCGGGGUGAUGUUUGUGACGCGGUUGCGACAGCUAUCCGCGUCCAAAUGCGACGACUUGGCACUGAUGCUGGCCAGUAACGUCAUGGACAGAGUUAGGGCUGGCAUGGUGGAAAUCAGUGAUGUGGACCAGUUGGAGGAAGCCAAAGAUAACAACACCACCUCUGAAGGCGUAGAACCGACGUUCGCGGAUCUGCUAAGCAGAGAGGCUGGGUUUACAAUCGACGUGUGGGAGCUGAUCACAGAUUUGGAGUUUGUACUUUUGCACAAAUGGGACAAACAGGCACAGUGCAUCACAUUGGCGAAGAAAACACCACUCCGCAAGGGAUACCAGUUGGUUGAGCGACUUCGCUGCCGAUUGGAGACGUCGCCCCGCGAGAAGAAAUUGUGGAAGAAUAGUAAAGAUACUGCUACCCUCAUUGCGCAGGUGAUAAUAGCCCGAUGCAUGGUGGUGCCGCGGUGCGCGGGCGUGGUGCGCGCUGCGCUGCAGGGCUGCGCGCGCGCGCUGGCGCGGCUGGUGGCGCGCGCGCGCCUGCCCGCCGCCGCCGCCGCGCUCGCCGCGCCCGCCGCCUCCGCCGCGCACCUGCACGCGCUCGCCGCCGCCGUGCACGCGCAGAGUACGGAGGAGAUGAAGCCAUUUGUAUGCGAACUCUAUGUGAGAGCAAUUACAGCCGGCAUGAAUGAACUGGAGAAGCUCAAAUUGAAGACUGAAAAGGAGUCGGAGGCGCGGGCGACGGAGCGCACGCUGUCGUCGUGGCUGUCGCAGCUGGGCGCGCUGCUGGCGGCCAGCGCGCGCAUCCGCUGCGAGUGCGCGCUCACCGCCUUCUCCGUGCACCCCUCGCCCGCCAUGUACGCCGCCCUCGAGGCCGCGCCCGUGCUGCCGCCGCUCGCCCUCGAUGAUGAUUCAAAAGAAGAGGUCAAGUCAGAGUUCGGGAGCUGGGCGAAUGAUAGCCGAACACAGACCAACUUUGUGAAGACUUCGGAAACGUUGAAUCUGAAACAAACGCAGCAGCGAGCAAACGUGCUGUCGACUGCGAUAUUCUCAGAGGGAGAGGCGCUGGGGCUUAGUGCUGAACUCUGUCAGGAUCUCACUGUCUGUCUUUCGGGGCCCAGGGUUAAAACAUUCUCGUGGGACAUGGAUAGGGAACAAUUGUUAGAGAACUGCCGGUCGUACAUGGAGCGCACAAACGGCGGCACACGCGCUCUCACCACCGAGCUAAAGUAUCUUAACUUGGAUCCCAGUGCCUACGAGCAUUUGCCUGAAGAGGAGGACGACGAGACCGACAUAUAUUAUGGAAUUGAAAAAGGUUACGAGCAUCUAGUAGAGUUUCAAGAGCCUGAAGAGAUGUGGCAUUUUGAUCCUGAACGAACAGAAAGUGCUUCUAGUUGUAUGGAAACAGAAUGUGUAACAAUAAAACCGCGUAAGAAGAAAAAACACAUUUUAACAACAUCUGAAGAGGAUACAGAUCCCUUGAGUCUUGUGGCUGAAACUAAACAAAUUGAAAAGAAGAAAGAACGACCUCACAGCAAAGAGAGAAGUAAAGAACACAGAAAAAAGAAAUCUGAAAAACAUCAUGAAGAUAAUGAAGAUAAUGAAUUUAAUCGUGAAAGGCGGAAAGAUAAUUGUCAAAGUAAAGAGAAGAAAAAAGAAAAGAAGUCAAAAAAAGAAAAGAUUCCGAAGGAACAGAAGUCAAAUUCUCUUUCUUGUCUUAUUGGCAUGAAAGUAUUCAAAUCAGGUACUGAAAAGAAGGAUGAAACUGAGACAAAAUUGGCAAUAACUGAUAGUGAUUAUGACAGUCAAGGAAAAUCUUCAAUAACGUCAAUCAAUUCGGAAGGGAACAAUAUGAAUGUUGUUUUUGAUGGAUUAUUCUCAAUGGACGAUUACAAAUCUCCUGAAAAUAAUCUUCUGACUGAUAAACCACUUAUAAAGAACAGUGAGUUAAGUAUUGCAGAUGGCCAAGUAGCUGUAAAUACAACUUCAAAAGUGACUAGAAAACUUAGUAUUGAGAGAGCUCAGUCAUUAGAUAGUGUGAAUAUUCCUACAAAAUCAAUAGUAAAACCCACAUCUAGUACUGUAGCUGAAGAAGCUCAUGUUGAUGCUGUCAGGGAAGAGGUUACGAAAAGUAUUAGAAAAUUACUGGACUUCAGACGUCAAAAUGUUGCCAAUGAGGAUAUGUUCAAUUCUGCUACUGCUUACUAUCAAACUCACUAUAAUAAGAAUGAUAACAUAGAACAAAGAGCAAAAGCUAUUAUUUCUCCAGAGUUCCCAUCACAAUCAUUCGUUAGCCCAAAAGCUGUUACAGUUCCAGAUAUACCUAAAGUGUAUAUAAACAAAAAACAAACAGAACAACAGUUACAUCAAUUAAAGCGGGAAAUUAACAGUGUACUUAAUAUGAAUAAUGUUAUAAAUACUGAAAAGCAACAAUUUAGGCAAAAUGAAAGAUGCUCUGUAACACACCUUACACAGAAUGUAACUAAGUCCACAAAUAAACUAAUAAAGAGUAACUGUAUAGAUACUGCAACAAGUUUAAUGAAUCACAGAGAAGUGACGAAAAAUCGUACUUAUGAAAACAAGGUUGUUCCUAGUAGUUUUUCAGAUCAGACAAAUGUAUCGAACAGCAAUAAACCACCCAGUAGACACAGCCAAAGUAAUAGUGCUUUGAAUCAACAAUAUUCUCCAUUUGCUGAAUCAGGAGGGCAGAAAACAUUUGAAGAAUUUCUUAAAGAAUUACAACAAAGUAUAAAUGCCGGCACAGGCAAUAAGGUAGUAGAAAAAUCAUCAGUAAGAAAUUCAAAUGUUAUUGCUAAAAAAGAAAUAAGACCUAUGAGCAAAGUCACACCUUUAAUUCCUAAUAUUAGUAAUCAAAUUGAGCGCUCUGUAAAUCCAUCAUGUGCCAAACAAAUAGGCCAUCAAAAGAAGACGGACAAUGCACCAAAUACUUUCUCACGUCUUAGUUAUAUGCACAAAAAUAAACAUAGUGACGCUAAACUUAAACAACACGAUAUGAGCAAUCGUCAAGAACAAUUGUUAAAAGAAACCUCUAUGAACUUAUCCCGGAGUAUCACUGAAAAUAGAUUUACUAAUGUUAGGUACUCUCAAACUAAAAGUAGUACAGAAAUUUCACGUGUAGAUACUCCUGUUCAAUAUACAAAGCAUAGUCCAAAUGUGCAUUGUAACCGAACUACAGGAAAACAGACAUCUAUAAUUAAUGAUCAUCCUGUAAUAUCUAAUAUACUACAAUCAAAGCCAAAACAAGAAUCUAAUCUUACGGUUCCAUUAAGUAGGCAAGCCACUAAAGAUGAUAAUCGAAUAAAAAUUGCAACAUCUCAUAUGGAACAAUCGUCAGUUACAGUAAGCAAACCUACAAAGAGAUCGUAUCUCUCAGAAGAAGAUCAGAAGGAUUUAAUAUUAUUAUUGCAACAGCAGAAUCGAAAAAAUUUAGAAAGACCAAUGCCUAAGAUAGAAACCAGUGUAUCUAAAACGGUAGAUGAUUUACGAUCCCCUAUUAAUACUACAAAUGAUAUGAUUACAAAAACUAAUCCCAUAUCUUUUGCUUCUUAUAAACCUAUAAAUGGCAACCAGAUCAACACUGUUCAGCAAUAUGUGGGGCACAAGGUUAAAACUGCAGCAUUACCAAAUAACAACAUUUCUGACAUACAUAAUAAUUCUUCUAUUAAAAUAAUAGAAAAUAAGGCAAUUAAGGUUAAUAUGUCCAAAAGUACUAAUGAUGAGCGGAAUGUAACUAAAAAGAUGCCAUUAAAGGCUAAAUCGGAUUCUGUAAAAUUUGAACAUCUUGGGAAGUCGACUUCAUCACCACAGGACUGGGAAAGUGUCAUGAACGCUAUUCGUGCACAAAAAACACCAAGUAGAGAUCCGACUGCUCUUGAAAUUAAAUUGAAAAAAGAUGCUGAAAAUAGUUUACGGAAUCAAAGAAUAGUGAGAACUACCUCCUCUACUACACUUCAAGAUGUAAAGACUCCAAAUGUCUGUCACAUUAAACAACCGCCAAAUAAAAAUUUCUCCCCUAAUAAGUCUGAGCCAAGUAAUUGUCCUACAGUCCAGGCCAAGCAUAUUACUCAAAUUUCUCAGUUGGACAAUCAAAAAAAUCAAAAGAAAAUGCAAAAAUUGCUGCACAUGUCAACGCACAAAGAAAACUGCCGGGUGAACAGAAAAAACAAUCCAAUCAUGAUUGUUCGUCAAAAAGAUCCGUUUAUAUCUGGAUUAGAAAAUUCAGAUUACGAUCUUUUAGAAGAAUUGAUGGAUGAUGAGUUACGUCAAGAAAUCGGAGAAUUAUCCUCUGAUGAUGAUUCCUCCUCCUAUUGUAGAUCGUCAAUACAAAAAAGUAAUAAAGUCACAAGCAUUAGGAAUAAUGUUAAUGUCACGAAGCAGUCGAUACCAUGCCAUCAAAAAGAAAAAAAUGGAGCAGUAGAUUUGAGACCCGCUCAGAAUGUAUGUAAUAGAUUACAGAAUUCUACAGAGAUGAAUCGAUCAACUACAAAAGUUCUGGGUGCAAAAAGCAAUUAUCACACCAAGACGAUUUUAGAUUCAUCAACAAUUGUCUCCUCACCUUUAACGAACAAAAACGCUUCUCUUCACAAUCUGGGAACAGAGGUCAAUACAAAUUCUAGUAAUGUCCCUAUUUUGUCAAAUAAAAUAAGUCAUCAAUGUAAUGAAGCUGUACUCAAUAAGAAUAGUGAUAAAAGUGAUUAUGUUAAUAAGGAUGAUGACAUAGCCAACAAUCUUGUUUCGGAUUCAAGGAAUAUGUAUAUUACUGCAAUACCUCAGCAGACACAGACUGCUUUACAGAAUGUCUUACUCAUAGGAUCAAAUAUGUUUUAUGACCCUUAUUCUGCCGUACAAACUCGUUUAGGUGGUGUGGCUCCAUAUGUUGUACCAAACAAUACACCGAAUAUUACUUUGUAUCACACAACUCAAUUUGCGGCUCCUGUUGUUAAUCCAGUUAUUAUUGGUAAUGCGAUUCCCUCGGAUAAUUUACCACGUAAUUCCUCGAGUCAAAAUUAUUUAACAGUGUCAUCCAAUUUGAAUGAUGGAAAUAUGACUAAAAAUGAAAUGACGAAUGUGGCAAAUAAUAUCAACUUUAACUUAAGUCAUGGGUCUGGAAAUCAUUUGCCUGUAAGUAUGACAUCUAAUAAUUCUCCAAGUAAUUUUUCGAGUCAACCUUAUUUAACAAUAUCUACAAAUUUGAAUGAUGGAAAUAUAAUAGAAAAUGAGGCCAUGAACAAGAACAAUAACAUCAACUUGAAACUAAAUCACAGGUCGGGAAAUGAUUGCCUAUUACAUGUAAACACGAGUCCUAAAUUGGAAAAUAAAGUGAAUUUGGAUAUCAAUUCGAAUAGGAACUGUGAAAGAAAAGUACUUUCUGAAGUACAAGAAAAACAGAAAUUUGCUGCCAUAGAAAAAAAUUGUAGUAAAAUAAAAAGUCAGUGGAUAUCAGUAGAUAAUGACAUAAUAAGAGAAACUAAAGGCCAAGAAAUUGAUGACAAUACUAGAACAUCUAAGAAUGAAACAAUAUCAGUUGAUGGGGAUUUAAAAAAUAAGCAUCUGAAUGAGCAAGAGAGGACUGAUGUUAAGGUAAUAACAAAGAGUUUAAUCUCAAAUCAAGAUUUCCCUUUAAAUAAAUUAUUAAAAUUUCCAAAAAUUUGUGACGAUGCCAUUGGAACUCCAAUAAACCAAAAAGCGACUGUAAGUGAUUUACCAAAAAGGUCCUCUAUUGAUUUGAAUGGCAACGAAAACAAGACUAAUGCCCAAGAACCAACAAAAAGUCAUAAUGUAUCUACUUCUAAUGAAAAUAUAAAACUUUCAAUGAAUCAUGAAAAUAUUGACCUGAAAAAUAGAAAUAUUAUUACGAAGAGAAAAGAACAUUCUGAAAAGGAUAUCAAAAAUCUUGAGAGAUUAAACAAGAAACGUUUAGCGAUUACAACCAGGGAAUUAAAUCAUCGUUGUUGUUAUCCACCUAUUCCGCUAUCUUAUGUUCCCUUGAUUAAAGAAAAUGGAAGUAAUUCUGUCACCGACAAGAAUCAAGAUAAUCAAGAAAAUGCCCUUAAGUCCGAUAUACAGGAAGAAUGUUGUACGAAUAUACAUAAUACGUUCAACCAUAUCCAAAAAUGUAAUCCAAGUUUAGGUAGUGAAACUUAUAAAGAAAAUAAAUCUAUUCCAAAUGAAUGUCGUCGUAUUCUGUUGCGUUCAUCCAAUAAAAAUAUAGAAACCGUCUCGACUAAUUUAAACGUAACCAAAGAUAGAAAAGAAAAGUUAGACUAAAAUGAUAUGAGAGAUAUUGUUCAAGAUGUAAUUGUUAAAAAAAAUGAAAGAAACACUAAUGUUAUUACGGAAAAGGUAGUAACAACUAAACGUACUUCAAAAAGAAUAUUGAGCAAAAAGUCUACACUGAAACCUAAUGCUAUUUCUCAAAUCUCUAAAAAGGUCACAUUAAAUAAAAUUUUAUCCAAAAAUGACCAUACAGUUACAGAAAAAACGCAAGAUUUUAAUGUCGAUGUACCUAAUGUACUUGAUAUUGAAGACGAAUUAUUAGUGUCUAAAAUACCAAAUGAAACAUCAAAAAAUAUCAAAUUGAUAGAUAUUGGACCGGACUUAUCAACACAGCAACCGGUAGAUAUGGUGUCAUCUAAUAAAUUUAAAAGUACUACAAUGAAAGAAUUAACUACUACUAUAUAUACUAAUGAAAUUAAGGAAAAAUGUAUAAAGUUGAAAAUAAAAACUAAAUUAUUACUAGAAGGAACAAAUAAUGAAAAUUUAAUGGAACGACCAAGGGAAUAUAUAGAAUUCUCAAACUUACGUGAGAAUUUAAGAACAACUGAAUGUGAAAAUCUAACAAUUGCAGCGUCAAAUAACGCUGUUCAAAAAGAGUGCUCUAAUAGAGUAAAAAAAAUACUGACACGAAAUGAUGCACUAGGUUCUAAAAAUAAGCAAAAACAGAGAAAAAAUGUGUCCAGUGAUGAAAAUAAUAAAAUAGAUCAUUUCGUGAAUCCUAAAGAAGUAGGACUUCCAGAAACGGUUUCAGUUCGACGCGUGAGUAAAGACAAUACCAGUAUGAUUUCUAAAUCAUUAAUUGAGGAAAUUGAAGAACCAAAAAUUAAAAUGUCAAAUGAAAGAUUACCUCGACUUAAAAAACUAAAAAAUAAAACGGCGAAAUUAGCGAAAGAAAAUGGCAAAAACAAAUCAGUGGAAAAUAAAGAAAUAGUUGUUGGGCAUAGAAUUCCUGAAAGUAAUGUUAGUCUUAAUUCAGUUGCAAAUAAUAGUUCUUCAUUAUUGUGCUCAAAAAAAUUAGGCUUGACUAAUGAGGAUAGAACUAACAGAACUACUGUAGAAUUUAUUGAUUGUAUGUCUUUAGAAUCGCAUGAAAUUUCCUCUGCGAAAAUUGAGAAUUGUCAAAUAUCUAAUAAAAAUAAUAUAAUAUCUCAUAAAAAUGAUGACAAUAAAUCAGCUGAAAUAAAUAUCAUCGGUUCAUUAAAGUGUCCAGAAAAAAAUAACUUAUCUGAUGAUAAGACAGCGAAAAUGACUAAUACAGAAUUGGUUAAUAACACUCAGCCGAAAUUAGUUGAAACUGCUUCGUCGAAGAAAAAUCUUAUUGAAAGUAAUCGAUCAUCUAACAAUCGACCCAGUUUACUUAUUACUCAAAAGAAAAAUACAUUUACUGAAACGCUUUGCAUCACCGAAGAUACAAGAAAUUUAACCGAUCAAUCUGAAAACGUAAAACCUGUUAUUCACGAAAAUUUAUCUACUUCUAAUAAUCAUUCGCGUAAUGAAAUAAAUGAAAUCAACCAACAAAAUUCAGAUUUAAUAGUUGAAGAUGUAUCAUCUUUUCCCGAGUCUUUUAAAAAAAAUGUUAUUAUUGAAGAAAUACAGGAUAAAAAUGUCAAUGAUUCGAAUAAGAAAAUUUUACGUAUUAAGUUGCCUAAUGGCAGAGUAUUUAAAGCUACAAUUUAUGGAAAAUUAUAUACCGAUUUUGAAUCGUUAUUUUCAGAUCCAAUUUUAAAAUCUAUGUUAUUGAAUAACAUGUCGUGUAAUAAACGAUAUACAUUAAAUAUUAAACAAGUUACUACCCCAAAUGAAAAAGAUCCAAGUAAACCUCCAAAAACACAUAUUGAAGACAUUCAGUUGCAUUCUAAAUGGGUUUCGACAAAAGUAGAUAAUCUAAUCGAACCUGCAAAACCAUAUGUCGAAGGUAAUUAUUUGUAUUCUAAGGGGGUUCCGCAAAAAGUCGAAACGAUAAAUUUACUUAGUGACGAUGAAGAUGAUAUAAGAUGUUUUGUAUUUAGAACUGAAUUCGGUAGCUAUAAAACAUCAUUUACAAAUAGAAAUAUGUAUGAAAAACAUCAAAGCAGAUUUGAUCAGAAAUCUUUUGUAAAAUUAAAUCGUUAUGUACCAACAGAAAAUGCUCCUAAAGUAUUAGACGAUAAUUUGGAUGAACAUUUGGUCCAUUUAUCAUCAAGUUGUAAUGGAAAUGUCGACACGAAUAGUCACAAAACGCUGACCAACUGUAUGUCUGACAAUCCAGCACCUAUUUGUAUAUCUAACGAAUGUACAGAUAAUUCUAUAUGUAAUAAAGAUUCAGAAAUAAUAGAAAUUGAUGAUUCUUCUAACGAUAGUAUAGAUAUAUUAAAGAAUUGUCCAAAUUUUCCCGUAGAUAUCUUAACAGUUGCAAAAGAUAUAGUAAAUCAAUUUAAAGAAGUUACCGACAAUGAUGUUCUUAACAAAUCUGAAGAAAAUAUAAAUCCCAUUGUGGCUAACAAUCUACUUGAAAACAAUACAAGUGUACAAUCGAUGCCCAGCGAAGAAGACAAUAGCCUAUCUUCAAUAAAAACACGUGAUUGCGUCGUAUCACUUAAGAAAUGUGAUGAUCUUGUUAAUAAGUAUUUGGAUGUAAAUAAGCGCAAAUGUUUUAUUAAGCUUUACAGAUGCGAUGAGUCCAAUAAAAAUAUGGAAUCGUCAAGUGCUAAUGAUACUGUUACUGAUAAUACCAAUUGUGAUGUAAUGGACGCUGAAGACUUUAUCCCAGCUACUAUUUUGUCUGUUUCCCAAAUGGUGUAUGAUGACUCUUUGCCAAUUCUAAAUAGUAUGUGUAAUAAACCAAAUGAUAUUAGUACAUCAGUCUGCACUUCGCCUGUUAUUGAUGUUUUUGAAACCAUAGUAGCACUUCAAGAUUAUGUAGACAUUACUAAAAAAUGCAGUGAAAAUGAUCACCCUAAAGCAUACAUAACUUGUGAAAGUGAAUGGUUUAUUUCAAAACCCCAGCUUCAUUUGAGAAGUUUUUCGAAUAUAAAUUUACAGGAACAAUGUAAGGAUACGUUCAAAAUAAAUAUUAAUCAAAAUAAUGCUGAAACUAUGGUAUCAAAUAUUUCUCAUAGAGACCAGAAACUACCUGAGUACCGUGUAAAUGUAAAACGGGAAUGUGAGUGGUUUCUAUCAAAACGUCAGUUACACGAUGAAAUUUUUUCUCACAUUGCAAUCUUACAGGAAAAGAGUGAAACUGACUUAAAAAAUGGAAGUAUUCAAUCUAGUGAUAAACAUAGGAUUAUUAAUUCAUCUGUAAUAUGUGAGAUACCUUCUCUAAAAAGACUUCUGGCUGUAUAUUUUCAAAAUAAUCCUAUUAUUCACUUAAUAGGACACAUUUCUGAUUUAAAAAUUGUGAGUACACAUAGUCUCAAAAGAAAAUCAGGCUUCAAUGAGAGUAGCGCUGUUGCCAGCAAACUCUUAAAAAGUACAGAUAAUCAGAAUCUGUCUUGGAAGCGUAGACACAGUAUAAAAAAUGGUAUAUUUUAUCAGAAACAUGAAAAUACUGUAAAAGAUCCGAAAUCUACUGUAAACUUUUCUGAUAAAAUAUUAAGAAGUCAUUACAUAGGAAACUCGUUAAAAACUAAAGAAAAAGAAAAUUGUGAGGGCACUAAUGCCACUAAUGUCUUAAAAGAUGAUGUUACAAGUAAUUUUAAACAAAUUCAAAAUAAUGUUAUAGGAACUAACAGUUAUAAUGCCUGUACAGACCAACCUUCAAAAGGUUUUUAUCAUGAAAAAGAGGGGACCUUAAAUAAGGAUGCAGAAAAAUUAUCCGAAAUGUACACACAAAUUAAAGAUUAUAUGAAUUUUGAUUAUAACAUAAAUUCUUCGUCUACGAAUACAGGAAUAAAUCAAUCCACAUUCCAAAGUACACAGCCUAAAAAAUGUGAUCGUACAAUAAUUGUAGAAGUAAAUGUUGAAAAAAUCGAAACAGAGUUAUGUGAAAAUAAAAUAAAUACGGAGCAAACUUCUCCUAAAUUAAAACAUAUGACCAAGGAAACUACCUUGAAUGAUAGUGAAAUUCAUGAUAACGCUCAAAAUACACCAGUCCAAACUGCUAAUAUAAAAGAACCAAACUGUAAACUAGAAACUCUGAAAUAUUUCACUGAAGCAUCCAGAGAAGAAAUGCAGCCAGGAAUAUGUAAUGAUAAAAUUACGUCGUUGGAUACCGAACAUAAUCCAAAAUAUCUGGAAUCCCGAAUAGAAAAAAAUUAUUCCUUAUUAUUAGACCAUGAAUAUACUGAAAAAUUUAAUGUUUCAAAAAGAGAGAGCGAAGACAUUAUUAAGAAAAAAGAAAAAAAUAUUGGAGUGGUUGAAAAUAUAAAAACAUGUAAAAUAGAGCCGUCUAAUAAAAUAAUCAUUAAAGAGUAUAUGAGUGAGGAUAAAAUAUCUAAAACUAAUCAAAAUAACAAUGAUAAGAAUAGUGUAGAGAAAGUAAUGCUCUUAUAUGGCGAAGAUGAAAGUGUAGUUCUUGAAGGAGUUGAAUAUGAAGACCCUGUUGUAGGCACAUGCUACGUAUUUCCUAUUGACGAGAACUCAUCUGUAAGUAGUGGAAAUGAUGGGGCGAAUUAUAGUAAUGAAGAAGUAAUCGAAAUUAUGCAUGAGGAUGUCUCAGAUUCUGACGAGAAUGUAACUUUAUAUAGUGAAUCAAAUUUAGAGGUCAUCGUUCCAAAAAUUACGUAUUCUAAAGCAACAUAUGGAGAUGAAACGUCUACGGAAAAUAUGCAUUUAAAACGGAAUUUAAAACGUAAAAUUGAUUUGGCAGACGGAAAACACAGUGGAAAGAAAUAUAGAAAAGGAAAAAAUAUAGAUUAUCCGAAAAUUACAGCAGCUGCUAUUAUGGAAUCUGGAUAUAGUAAAGAAUACAAGCGAUUGUUUGAUUAUUGUAGCUCUUUAAAAUUUUCUUUUUCUCGCGCGUUUCUCAAAGAGCAUGUUGAUGUAUCUGAUAUGAUUAAAAAUUGGCCAAUAGAAGGAACUUGUUCAGAAAACGCUGAUAUUUCUACAGAUACGGUAGACUGCUGUUUGUUUUCAGACACUGGUCAUGCGCCUACUUUUUAUAAUCCCUUAAAUCAAACAUUAUCUGAAGAGAUUGCUACUGAGUAUAAUGAUAAUAGUACUCCUAAUAUUAACGAGAAUGAAAUAAAUUUCAAAAUGGGUUUUGGUGAGGGGUCCGGCAGAGUCAUACAAAAUUUAGAAGAAAUAGGUGAUUAUUCAAAAGUUUCGGCUGCGACUCUGUCGGACGUAAAGCAACCUCAGCCGUUUGUAUUCUCCGAAGAUUAUGACGACUACGUGGACAAUUAUUGCAAAGAAAAUUACACAAGAAAUUAUAAAAUGGGAAAAAUAAGUCGGUAUAUUUCUCACAUCAAAUUACAUGAUAAAGUGCAAUCAUUCUUUAAGGAAACGACAAUCGAAAAUGAUCAAAUAGAAAAAAUAAAUCGCUAUAUAUCACACAUCAAAUUACAUGAUAAAGUACAAUCAUUCUUUAGAAAAACAACAGUUGAAUUGAAGUAUGAUUGGAUUAAAGAAAAUAAUAAAGAUAAGUUUGAAGCUCCAGGUUUUUCAUUCGAUUUUUUCUUUCAAGAUUUUAUGGACCCCUCUCCAAUAGAUGCAGUAGUGCAAGUAGUACAAGUGGGACAACUGCCAGUUAGCGCUGCUGCACAAAAUCCAGUAACAUGUGAUCCACGCGUUACUCAAGUAUCCAAUGCUAGUCCAUCACAAUGCUCAGUUGAAAACAGUCCUCGCGAUGACUCACAGACUGCUAUUAAAACUGAAUACACGGAAUUGACCACAGCUAAUUUAACUCUACCUCUAGUCCAGGAUUAUGGUCAACAUAAUCAAUCUGUAUCAAUGGAAUCACAGGAUGUAUCAAAUUUACAAACGACUGAUGAAAAUAUACCAAUUGAAACUGAAAUAAAAUCCGUAGUAAAAAUCGAAUUGGUGGAAGAGCUACCCGAAGAUAAAGAUGAGACAAAGGAAUCUCAUGAAAAUAGUGAAUCACAAAACCUGACUAAUAAACAUAUAAAUAAUGUUGACUAUAUUUAUGAUACAAAUAAUAGUAAUACUUUAGAUGAUCCUAAUAUUCAAGUCAUAUAUAAUACUGGAGAAAAGCAGAAUGUUUCUGAAACUUUUUCUCAAAAAAAUCUAAAUAAUGGUGCUUCUGAAAAAACAGACCAAAUAGCACAUGCUAUGAACGCUGCUGGAAUAACAACUGCAACAGAAACUAUAGCUAAUACUAGAGCACAUGCGUUGGUUAAUAUAUUAUCUCAAAAAAUUCGCCAGAGUGCAGUGGCUGGUACUAAUACUCAGUCCACGACAAAUAAUUAUCCUAAAGCAACGUCCAUAAAUGCAAUGGCACUUCAGCAAGCUUUAGCUCAAAUUUUACCACCGCCAUUAAAUCAGACAAAUAUGUCUGAAAAUAAUACACAAACAUCAAAUACUCAAGUGACACCUCAAGUUUUGCAUAUUGUUCAAGGCAAAAAUGCAUCGGGAAGUCAAAUAACUUUAGUAGAUAAUACUCAACAAUCUGUAAUAAGUACUCCUAGUGCGACUCCUGUAUUGCAUAUUGUACAAAAUAAGACUGGUACGCCAAGCGCCACAGCAAAUGGCGGGUCUGGAGCUCAGCCAAAUACUUUCAGUGGUCUAUCAUUAGUCGAUACAGGUCUCCAACAAGGAGGAAAUCAACUUCUGCAUAUUGUGAAUACAGGAAAUCAGAAAAACAGUAAUACUGGACAACUUCUUAAACGAGUCAACCUCUUGACUAAUCUUGCAAAUGUUCAAAGUUCCAAUGAUCAAAAGAUGGUGCAAUUCGUAUGUAAAUCUGCAGACGGUAAAGCUAUUCAAUUGAACGCUCCACACCAACGAAGUAUGGUUCUCAGACUACAACCCAUCGAGACUCCAAAUGUACAGACAAAUUCAUCAAAACCAGUUGAACCGCAGGAAUUGAAUACAUCGCAAUCAGUAACCAGCGCAUUAACUAAUAAAGAUAAUAUUAACGCCCAACAAGAAAUAAAGUCACGUUCAGUAUACGAAGAGAAUUAUGCAAAAUUUAUACAGAAUUCAUCUAGUAAACCCACUGUACCCGAAAAAUCAACUACUUUACCUAAGUUUAAUCAAGCGUUUGGUAAACCUGUAUUCCAAGAUGGUAAUCAAAAACCAAUUGAAAUAAAUAGUAGUAAUACUCAUCUUUCUUCUAUAAAUACUGGUUCAGAAAAUGCAGAUUGCCCACCAGCUGCAGAUAAUUCUAUAAAUCUAGAGCAUAUGGGACAAAUAAGUAGCCCACCACUGUUGUUGAGAAAAUCACCUGCUCAGACUUCGCAGGCACAACCAAAUUUAGUGCAGCAAUUAAAACAAACUAUUGCCCCAAUGAAUAUCCAAACAAUGCAUGGCGGAGUUAUAUAUACACGACAAAUACCCGUUAACAUCGGUGGUGGACAAACGAUAAAUCUAAUAACAGUACCUAGCACUGAAUUAAUAGAUGACUCAGGUCAAAAGCAACAAACUGAUGUCAAAUUUGUUAAUCAGGGAGAAAUAGAACCAUCAAUAAUCAAGAUUGUUCCUCAAAACCAAUCUACAUCUAAUUCUGAAAUUUCUACAGAUGAUAACAACGCUCAUAUGGGUGUUUCUAACGAGUCUGGGCAAAAUCAGCAGCCACAACCCCAGCCAGUUUUAACACAAAUGCGGAUAAAAUUACCGAUGUUAAGUAAAACUCCACAGAUGGUGUCCGGAGCAAGAGUCGUAAGACCGUCAUUUUUCCAGAUACAAAGAAAUGUCAUUGGGGGUGCAAAUCAACCUGUUUAUCAGCAAUUGGUACUCACUGCUGCUCCUCCGCUUGGCCAACAAACUAUACGAUUACCGCAGGCUCAAGUUACUAGACAAAUUAAAGUUCCUACGGAAAGUCAAUCAUCGACGGAAUCUCAAAUGAGCUCCUCUACACUUGAACAAUUGAGAGAAUUUGAUAUGGUUCUCGAGCAAGUAAAAGAAAGGAGCACUGUACAGCCCAGUGCUACUUCGAAUAGCAGUUUUACUAAAUUGCAUACAUCAUCAACUGAUACCACAGAUAAUGCCGUUUCAGUUAGUUCUACCCCUACAGAACCCACACAAGUACUCUAUUCUAUUGGAAAUAACCAACCACUUAACGUAGCAUACGUUAAUAGAAAAGCUACAGUGACCACUCCUAUUACAUCAGCCUAUGUACGAUCGCCAGAUUCGUCAGGUAUUGUUGACUCACCUACAUCUUCGUCUCAUGUACAGAUACCUCAUACUGUUACCGCGGAGACCUCUUCAAAUGAAACGAAUAACCAACCUAAACCAGCGAAGGUUGGCUCUAAAUCAAAAUCUAGGCCCAAAUCUUCACAUCCUCCUAGUUCGAUGAAAAUAAAUACUGUACCACCAAAGACAUCUGCACAGAAACCGUUAGAAGACGAACAGACAACACAAAGAAUUCUCUACAUACUGGCCGAGUACAAGGAACAAGUGGAGAAUUCUCCUGACAAAGAUAAGCCAGCACCACGUAGAAGAUCUAAUCCUCCAUCCAAUCCAUCGGGAUCAUCGAAACGAAAGAAAAGUUCGAGUGGUUCCCGCCGGCCUGGCGUUCGCGAUCUAAGCCCUGUUCAUGGAGACGAUACAUGCCGUACAAUGGGAUCUGAAGACAGCAGCUGUGGAACUUCGCAGGGCGAUUGUAAUGAAAGUUGCCUAGAGAGUCAUUCUCCUCAAGAUAGUCCUCGCAAAGUAGUACGGAAACUCACAUUUGAACAGGAGACACCGGCCGCACAGCCGCGCCCGCAACCGCAGCGAAACGUUAUUGUAGCGGAUGGGCAGACUAUCACUGUUGCCCGUGGUACAGCGGGGAAACCAGCAACGGCUGUGCUGAUGCCAGCAAAUUACAUCUUGCCAGUUUCAAUGGUCAAAGGCGGUCAACAAAUAGCUAUAGUAACUAACCGCGGGCCAAAACUAUUGACUGUUGGAGGUGGAGAAGGAGGUGCGACCAAUGCGUUGUUGUUACAGCGACUGAUCGGUCCAGCAGGAUUGAAACCUGUACUGGCACGUCCCGGUGUGCGGCAUGUUAGGUUACCAACAGCAGCGCUACACAACCUUCAAACAUUUAAUUUAGCUUCUGCUACAACUGUCCAGCCGCCUGAUAGUACAGCGUCUCCGGCACCGGCUGCUACACCUCCUGAACUGGUGGAGACUAGGGCAAAUAGUUCACCAUGGACUGACCGGGAGUCGCAAGAAGUGAAGCCAGAGAGGGGCUCGAGUCCGGAGGGUUCCGAGCCGUGGAACCUUCCCUCGUCGGCUGAUCCACACGACUACACAUACGAGGAGACUGUGAGGGCUGACAACAUGGAUAGAACAGUUCUUGACCCGAUCCCAGAUCGAUACAGUCCCGAUAUGGAAGCGCAAAGGAUAUUUGAUAAGAUGUUCGACGUAGACUCGAAAAAGUCUUACAUCGUCGAUUCACACGACGAUUCGCCGCGAGGCGGUUACGAUAUUGACGCGUCAGAUUGCGACGAUAAGGCCUACCACCAGGUUGUGCAGAAGAAGGACGGUUCUUCCCAGAGGCAACAUAGAUUGACGCAUGUAUCUGCGGCAGCUCUGAGGCAUAAAUAUGCUAUUUUGGAACAUGAACUGAGACUUCAGAAAUCGCUAUCAGAGGAAUGCGAGGACCUGGGCGUAGACUCGCCGUCCGCUUCAGACUUGUUCCCGGAGGCGGAGCUUUUGUUCGCGGCAUCGCCCGCACACGAUCACACGCAAGACCACGGUCACCACUCGCAUACGCCGCAACCAACACUAUUAAACCAAAGCGGUAUACCGCAACCGGACAUAGACGAUCAGAUAGCCACUGACCAACUCCUCCCCAGAGAGCCCAUGGAACGACAAGAUCUGAACCUUGGGCUCGAGGAUGUGGGCAUUGUGACAGUCAGCGAGGAUGGCAUGCAAGCCACGAUCGCACUCGAUCAAGAAGAGUUUGCUAGAUCGCAUCCCAACACUACGUUUCACAGCGAACCAACCGAUGAAGCAGAGGUUCAUCCAUUUACGAUAGCUGGCCUUAAAGGUCGUCAUAUUACUUCAACGAUAUUCCACUCGAACCGAGCACCAGCGACGGUCCUCAUGACCGCACCGCAGACCACUGUCAUCUCCCAAGCCGCUGCCGAGUCCAACAGUGCUCAGAAUGUUAAAUACUCCGACAUAGACAACAUGAUGCAUUCGUUACCUUCAAGUCACACCAAUAAUAUUAAUUUGUCGUCAGUACUUGUAAAAGACGAUGGUCUGACACGAUUCGACAGCAUAUUGAACGAUUCUAGAGAACUACACUUGACUAAUACGGCUUCCGCGAUAGUUCACUCAGCGGGCAACGCCACCCAGGUGAUCAGGAGAGUGUGCUACGAUGAUGACAAGAGGGAACGAGAUUCUAGGUUCCUCAUGGAUGAGCCGGACGCCCUAAUCGCCGGAGACGACGCGAAAAUGAUAGCCGAGGACAGUUCCAGGGACGCGACCCUGGAGUCCAUAGCAGACGAUGGCUCAUCCCCCGAGCGGCAUGCCGAGCUUUUCUGGGAGUCCAACUCCGCGUCUGAACGUUCAGAGGGUCGGCGGCCGCUCGAUUUCAGCAGUGACAGCGACAAGUGCUGUAAAAGUCCGUCGUGUGACGAGACCAAUUCAACGGAUUCCAGUGGAGGCCCAGGAUGUGUCGCCGGUCCAGGGCUAGUUACUGGGGUGUCUGGGGUCACGCAGGGGGUCGGGGAGGGGAUCGCAGUUGGCGCACGACUUCGACUACAGUCAGUUAUAAGGGAGGCGCGAUCGGACGGCUCGUCGGACGAUGCGCCGCCGCUGCGAACUUACCCGCCUAAGCGUAGCCUAUCCGGGAAGACUCGUGCCGGUGAACGGUCGCCGGACCGGCGCCGGCGAGCGUCUGGCCGGGGCGUUGUCAAGCGUGGGUGUCACUGCUGCAACGGCGAACCUGCCCCACCGAGACCCAAAAAGCCCCGUCAGAGGAAGCCCGCCAUGGAUUUCGCUGACUAGAGCUAUAACGCGCUUUGCGCCUGACUGACCUACGAUCUCCUAUUGUCGAGGUUACACACGUGCGAUUAAAAUAUGAAUAGGAAGAUCGAUGACUUUGACCCAUAGUUGACAAGGUCAAGGUCGUCGCUCGAAAGUACGGUUUGCGAAAAAAUUUUUAUGCAGGCUUUUUUUCUGCAUCUAAUAAUUAAAACUAUUUAUUGAAAUUGUAUAAUUGUUUAACUAAGUCUUAAGAUUACACAUUUUGACAGUUCCAAUAUGGCCGACAGUCAUUCCUAUUCUUAUUUCAAUCGCAUUGUAUUUAGGUGUAUAAUAAAUAAAUUGUUAAAAUUGUUUUGUAUAUAAUUUAAUAAGUAAAAAAAAACUGAUAUGUAAGUUUAUAACUGGUUUUUUAAUUGGAUUAUUUUGUUGAUGUUUACUUACGUUCGAUUUUAGCAGUUCCUUUUAGGUGUUAUAGUUAGUUAUCUUAAGUUGUGCUGCUACUGGAUCACCUAUAAGUUCAAAUUGAAAAGCGACUCUUUUUUUUAUUUUAAUUGUUGAAUUUUACUUCGUGUAAUAUAUUCAUAUACAUACUGUAUUGAUAUAUAAUUGUACAAUAAAUGUGUAUUUCUAGGUUACAUCCGAUGUAGGGUAAGUGUUUACGUUAGUGACUGCAGGCCAUACUCAAAUAUAAAUUUAAUCGUCUCUAGUUAUAGAUGUACUAUUUAAUUUGAGACAGCCCUUCAUAAUAAUGCUAGACUGAAUUUGAGGACAUUUUUCUUGGUGCGUUACCAUUUUUUUCGAAACAUAUUUGUACUGUAUUCAUUUGUAUAUUGUUAUAAUAAUAUUCGCGUAACUUUAUAAGCGAACUUCCACGGGAACUGCACAAAAUGAUUGACUGGACGUAUUGUGUACGGGACUGGGCCGUCGAGCUGUAUUUUAUGAACGCGUUUAUCCAUAAUUAUUCCGUGCCAAUGGUAACUCUUUGACGCGGCACUAGCGCUUCAAUUUUCCAAAGGUGUUAUUUCUGUAUUUAAAUAAAUUAUAUAACAUUUAAUAGUAGCAAUGUGUUAAGCUAGUGUGAAUUUGAUAUCCAUAGAACUUAUAUGUAAAUACAAUUUUUGUCCCCGACUGUUUAGGGGACUGUCUAGUCACUAAAAUCUAUAUGAUAAUAGAGUUUAAUGAUGUCUUGUAGACCCAGUGGGCUCCGAGACACCCUCGUUGGCUUGAGUGGCUUAAAGCCGAUUAUGAUUACUAUUUUGUUUCGUGCAGUAUUCUCCCGCUUGUGUACAUAAAGCUCGAAGUGGACUUAUGUUUUACUGUCACAAUCCGCGGGUAUUGAUCUCUAAAUAUCCCGUGGUAUACUCAUUCCGAAUUUGUAAAUAGUAACGGAUGGUUUAAAUUUUAGUGAAUUUAGUAAGUUGAGCCGUGCACAACGGCCGUUUUAUAGUGAAAUUGGACAUUUUAUGCACUCAACUGGGUCGGAGUUAUAAACAAUAGUUCAGAACAUGUAGCUGUAAGAUAGAGUUAUUAGAUAAAAAGAAGUAAACUCUGCAACUAACGUUGUGCCUGUUAGUUUUGAGUUUCAGGGGCUAUGCAAACAAUGGUAUUCAAAAUUCUGACUAAAGGCACUAAAAUUAAUAAAAUCCGGAAUGGACGAUUGAUGCGUUCUAUCCGCCACAUUCCCGCAUCCCUUCCGAGUAAAUUUUGUUUUUGGAAAAUCAACUUCUCGCCAUUAUUAAAUCUAAGGAUUUAAAUUUUUUAUAUUACGAUCAAGUAUGUUGUUACUGCUCGAAAAAUAUUGAGGGGUAUCCAUUGCCUUCGAUGUUAUUGUCAAACAUACAGUAUUGCAGAUGUUUUGUUAUAUUUUUCACUUAGAAAUUUAAAUUUAUUAGCUGUAAAAAAAUUAAUAAUUAACGUUUAGAGGUUACUUCAUUACUUUUUGAUGCAACAAAUUGUGUUUCGUGAUUAUGUAAACAUUAUUUUUAAAAGUGCUACAGAAGAAAUGAUCAUUAAAACUUACCUAUUAAAUUUU